AUGCUCAAGUUCUUUUCUCAGUACUCUACCUGUGACGUUUCCGAUGCACUUCUCAAGUAUGGUGUCUCUAACGGCGGCUUCUUUCCUAACCUGACUCGUUUCAGCACCAGCGGUGCCACAAUGGCAGGUAAAGCCUACACUGUUCUUUUUGCUGCGCGGGACGACCCAAAUUACGAGGAGAUUAAAGGCGGAUAUAUCGAUAAUUUGCCUGAAGACGCAGUCUUGGUGAUCGGAUUGACUCCAGAGCUGCAGAAGCUGGACGCACCUUACGUCAAGAUCAACAAUGCCCUUUAUGGUGGCCUCAUGUCCGCACGUGCAAACUACCUGAAGAGCCCCGGAACCGUAGUUUUCGGUCGGAUCAGGGAUUUAAAAGAGCACCAAGACCUCGAGAGGAAUGUGUUUGCUUACGGCUUGGGCACUGCAGCGCACGCCCCGGUGGUUAAACUUGCCGGAAUCAACGUGCCUCUCAAAAUCACCUUAGACUCUCAUCCGGAGCCUUAUCAGGAAACUAUAAACCCCGGUGAUUAUAUAAUCGGGGAUGAAAACGGCGUGGUUAGAGUUGAUCGAUCGGGCGACCUGGCCCAAAAAUGCAUAGAGUAUAUUCCUAAUCGGGUUGCUGCUGACCAGUUAGUAGCCGAGGACAUCCAGGGCGGAGCCAAGUGCAAUGAGGCUCAAAAGCGCAGAAGAGCUGAAAAAAUAUUUCCUAUUUACCUCAAUUCCAUGGUUGUUGACACAACUUACUAUGAUCUUCUGGAGGUGACUCCGACAGCUACUGAUCUGGAAAUCAAGAAAAGCUAUAGGAAGCUGGCAAUCAAGUAUCAUCCCGACAAGAACCACGGCAAUGAGGAAGCCGCAGAAAUAUUCAAAAAGGUCAGCGAGGCGUACCAAAUCCUGAGUGAUAAGCAGUUGCGAGCCAAGUACGAUCAGCAUGGACUCAGUGAGGUGCGGGAGAGCAGCGAAAUGGCCGAUCCCGAGCAAUUUUUCGACCAAAUUUUUGGUGGCGAGGCAUUUCUGGAUUACAUUGGAGAGCUCACGUUGUUCAAGAAUUUAUCGAAACAAUAUGAACUGGAGGCUGAGGAGGAGGCUCGUCAGAAUGCAGCUCUUACUGGUAAUCUAAGACUAGAAGAUGGGAAAUAUGCAGAUUUGAGCGAGGAGCAAAAGCUUAAGAUGAUGAAGAAAGAACAAGAAAGAGUGAAGAAAGAGGAGCAGGACAGGUUGGACGAGGAGAGCAGGCAGCGCAAGGAAGAGAUCAAAAAGGAACUGGUGAAGAAGCUCAUUGCUAAGCUUUCGUUGUACACAGAAACAGACAAGUCGGACGAUAUAAUUCGCUCGUUCAAGAGCAAGUUCCAACUGGAAGCCGAGAACCUCAAAAUGGAGUCUUUUGGCUUGGAGAUUCUCCACACGAUAGGUUCUAUAUACAUUGCAAAGGCCAAUAUCUUUAUGAGAUCCCACAGGACGUUUUUGGGGCUUGGUGGUUGGAUGGGAUCUCUGAGAGAAAAGGGAGGAAUCAUCAAGGAUACAUUUAGGACUAUCAGUAGUGCUCUUGAGGCACAAAGCACGAUGCAGGAGCUUGCGAAAAUGACCGAGAAGCGGGAGCAAAUGCAAAAGAGCGAGGAAGGUGGUGACGAGACGUUGGACUCUGGGGAAAAGAAGGACGAAGGAAACGAGAACUCAAAGGAUGCCAAAAAUGCCAAAACGGCCCAGGAGGAGAUACCUUCAGAUGAAGCUGUGGCGGAGAUGGAGAAGCUGCUCAUCGGUAAGAUCAUUGCUGCUGCAUGGAAAGGUUCGCAUCUGGAAAUCUCGUCUACCAUCCGAGACGUCGUUGACUCUGUGCUGUAUGACAAGAGUAUCAAUACCGCAAAAGCCCUUGAGCGUGCUGAGGCUCUAAAGAUGAUUGGAGAAAUAUUUAAGAACACUCAGCGAUCGAAGUGGGAGGCUGAGGAGGCCCGUAUCUUCGAGGAGCUCGUGGCCGAGGCCACCCAGAAACGCGCUAAAUAA